CUCGCGGUAUCACGUCAAACAAACAGACUACUUCCGGUUAGCAAGAAAACGGUAAGGUCCUAACAGGUCCUAUCCACCCAAGAACUCGACCGACUGUCUCAAACGAAUACUUAGCGGCCAACCUCGGGUCUUUUUACGGUUAUACGUAGGUUGUUCUUUUUUAGGAACCGUGUUUGAGUUCCUAGAGCAAGCGGGCGUUUUGUUCGAGCUGUUAAUUGAAGAUGACACAGACAGCCUCAUCUACCUUCCACAAGACGAGCAUCUUGAGCAAAUUGGCGCACCUCAGGAAACGAGACAUCUUGUGCGACGUCACCCUGCUUGCAGAGGGCGAGCGUUUCCAAGCGCACAAGGUGCUUCUGGCAGCGAGCAGCGACUACUUCUUGCAGAUAUUCACCACCGACAAUGUUGACAUCUACCGGCUCGACGGUGUAACGGCCACCACGUGUGACUUGGUGCUGGAAUUCAUCUACAGCGCCCGGGUGUGUUAUGAGGAGAGUUCGGGCGAGCAGCUUCUGGCCGCCGCUCGGUUGCUGAAGGUGGGAGAACUUAUUGACGCGCUGCAGACCACACGGCGACGCAAGGAAGGGCGGGCCAAGAAGAGCCUCCUCAUCAGAAAGCAAAGAAAGAAGAGUCCCGUGCGUGACAACCAGGCCGAAGAGCGACAAGAAGUAGCUGACGACAGAGAAGGAGGGGAGCGGCCCAGUCGAGCAGGAAGACGCAAGAUCACCCCACCAGUGAAAUACAAUUCAUAUAAAGUGGGCGGAGACGUGUCAGUCGGUGGAGAGCCGGCAAAGAGGGUUAGGAAGAGCAAGACGGAGGCCAGGUGCCAGGACUGUGGCAAGUGGUUCAAAAACCAUAUCUUCCUGAAGAUCCACCAACGCACGCACACAGGUGAGAAGCCAUUCUGUUGCCAGGUGUGCGGCGCGGCGUUCACGCAGAAGCACACACUGUUGGUGCACCAACGCAAGCACACCGGAGAGACGCCGUUUGUGUGCAGCGUGUGCUCCAAAGUCCUCGCCACUAAGAACAGCCUGCAUGAGCACAUGAACCUCCACCAGGAAAACAAGUCGUUCUGUUGUGACCAAUGUGGAAAGAGCUUCACUCAGAAGAGGCAGCUCAAAAGUCAUUACAGGGUCCACACAGGCAAAUCGCUUCCAGAGUGUGCUCAGUGUCAGCAUAAGUUUCUGGAUACGGCCCAGUUGAAAAAGCACCUGCGUACUCACACUGGUGAGAAGCCAUUCACAUGUGAGAUCUGCGGCAAGUGUUUUUCCGUCAAGAGCACUUUGCAGACGCACAUCCGGAUACACCGAGGCGAGAAGCCGUAUAGCUGCAGCAUUUGCGACAAGUCCUUUGCGGACAGCAGCGCCCGGCGCCGCCACGUGGCCUCCCACUCGGGCAAGAAGCCCUUCAACUGCUCGGUGUGCGGUCUCUCCUUCUCCCGCCUCGACAACCUGAAGACCCACAUCAACACCCACAACAAGGAGAGGGUGUCGGAACCUGAGCCCCAGGAAGAAGGUGGCGCCGCCCUGCAGGCAGAGGUCCAGAACUAUCCGCUGUCGGCAGGGUCGGAGCAGGAGAUCCAGCUCCUGGUGACGGGGGACAACAUCAGCCUGGGGCAGGAGAUCAGCACGGCCGCGCCCCAGAUGCUCGGCACGCUGGACCCACCGGCCGCGCCGUGGGCCGAGUCCAUGUACGUCAUCACCCUGAGCAAGGAGGCCGCUGACCACCUGCACGUGGCACCCAGGCCCGCCCAGCAGGUGGCACAACCGCACAUCCAGGGCCUGCACGUCAACCAGCCUAUCUCCAUCAGCCAGACCGGCGAGCACAUCUCCGGCCACCACAUCCACGGACACACCUUCCAGAUCCAGGCUGGAAACGUCUACUCCACCGCCGGACCGCCGCCUGGCCACACCUGAGCUCACACAGAUCCGUGGAGUCUGAUUCCCGCCUCGUUCUGAGCGCCUCAGCUCUGGACCCAGCUCUGCGGUGACGUCUGCUUGAAGCCCCCCGGGUUCACGUUGGCGUUGUGGGCGGCGUCAAAACUCAGGUCCAGGCAGUCGGCCUCCAUCAGCU